AAGCCGUGCAGCUGCAGCACCUCGGACAGUGCAGGAGAGCGGGAGGCACAGCAGCACCUCGGACAGUGCCAGACAGCCGCCUAUUAACUAUUAACUCCCCACACUCCCUGAGACUCUCCUUCGCACCAACAUGCCUAAAGGGUUUCUGGUGAAACGCAGCAGGAAGUCCCCGCCGGUGUCCUACCGGGUGCGGGAAGAAGAAGAGCCCCGCGGGGAGUCGCUCCCGGGAUGGAUGCUCUUAGCUACAAUGUGCCCGACCGGUGGGGCCCCGCCGCCCUGCAGCCCAGACAGAGCCACCCAGGCCCCAUGCUGCAGCAGCCCCCGGCCGCCCCCCGCCGGUCAGUUCGGGAACCCCGACACAGUGCAGCAGGCUCUGUACAGCCCGACCCGCCCGGUGAGCAGGGAGCAGCGGGAAAGGAAAUACCUGGGAUCCCCGGUGUCUGCGGAGUCCUUUCCGGGCCUGGGCACCUCCAGCGAAGCGCUACUCUACCCUCCCACAGGCACUGCCAAUGGGCAUCACGGACUGGCACUGCUGCCCCCGGUCUCUUCCUCCUCUUCAGUCAGCCGAAGCCAAGGCAAGAGGCCGGCCCCGGAGCCCGACAGCAAGCCCGCCGCUAUGCCCGGCACUGGCCCAGGGGCCACAAGCAGCUCGGCCCCCAGCAAGCCCCCUGCGGCCAAGAAAACCAAAGCCAUCCGCAAACUGACCUUUGAAGACGAGGUGACCACAUCCCCGGUGCUGGGUCUGAAAAUCAAGGAAGGACCGGUGGAGCCCCCCCGCCCCAGGGCAGCCAGCUCCGGGCCCCGACCCCUGGGGGAGUUCAUCUGCCAACUGUGCAAGGAGGAGUACAGCGACCCCUUCUCCCUGGCGCAGCACAAAUGCUCCAGAAUCGUGAGGGUCGAGUACCGCUGCCCAGAGUGCCACAAGGUGUUCAGCUGCCCGGCCAACUUGGCAUCGCACCGCCGCUGGCACAAGCCCCGACCCCCAGUCGCCUCCACAGCCCAAGCCAAGGAGGAGCCACUGAGUGACCGGGACACCCCCAGCCCAGGGGCCUCCGAGUCCGGCUCAGAAGAUGGGCUGUACGAGUGCCCCCGGUGUGCCCGCAAGUUCCGCCGCCAGGCUUAUCUGAGGAAGCACCUGCUGUCGCACCAAGCAGCCAAGGAGCCGGAGGAGCCCGGUGUCAUGAUGUUCCCGGGGGAGGAGCAGCGAGCCAAGAGCCCCCCCAGCCUGAAUGCCCAGGAGUGCCACCCGUGCCCGGUGUGUGGGGAAACAUUCCCGGGGAAGAGCAGCCAGGAGCGCCACAUCCGCCUCCUCCACUCCUCCCAGCUGUACCCCUGCAAGUACUGCCCCGCCACCUUCUACAGCUCCCCCGGCCUGACCCGCCACAUCAACAAGUGCCACCCCUCCGAGAACCGGCAGGUCAUCCUGCUCCAAGUGCCGGUGCGCCCGGCCUGCUGACUUUGUGGGGACUUGUUCCAAGGAGAAAUGUAGGGGUGUGCCCACCCCUCCCCCACAUGGACCUGACGGGGGCCCCAAAAUGAGAAUAUUGCACCAAUUGUAAGUGCCGGGGGGCUGCAGCAUAUUGCGGGGCAGUGUGUUGUCUCUCUCAGGCACUUAUGGAAUCAGAUACUUUGGGCCAAUGGGCACAGAGGUCACAAGGUGCCCCUAAAGGGCCAAUAAAACGGACCAUCUUGCACUAAUGGGGCGAGGGAAGUGCCGCUAGCCAUGCCUGCUGCCCCCCCCCGGUGCCCACCCAACCCCCACACAGGUUUCCAACAAGCCCCCGCUGUGGCUACGGGACUCGCAUGCCUGACUAGUACUGUGCCUUCCCGGUGCAUCCAAUGCCCACAGGGCACUGCCACCUGCCAAAUCAGCGACCACAGCAGCCAUAGGCCCAAGUGCAUUACAUUGUGGUUAUUGUGCUUUAAAGCGACCCAGAGUUAUCCGAGUAACCCCUCAGUGCCCAGGGAGCCCGCUAUGCCCAAGUCAUGCCCAUGGGCACUGAGGGGAGACGGAAUGGGAAGGGAGAGCACUUUCUGCUUUAUUUAUUGUGUUGAUAAUAUUCUCUGUGUCCGUGCUAAAUGCCUGUGCCGCCCAUAGGUGGGCAAGGAUUCUACAGUAAGUUAUGUAUGUUGUCCCAUUGGCCUCAUAGAGACAGCGCUGAGCCAUAGCGGGGAUAGUGCUGCUGCCUGUGAGAGCUCAGAUGGGGCAACGCUUUAGGGUGGGGGAGGGGUGGGCAAGCCAUAUGCUCACUGUACUUUUUAAAAAUGUCAGAUCGCAGGGUUUGUCAUGUAAUUGAUGUGCUUAACCCCUAAAAUGCUGGAGGGAGCUGCGGUAAUUCGCAGAGAAGCCCCUGCCCAAUCUGGCUGCGUUUAACCCGUCACUGCCAUUUGGGAGAGCCCUUCUAGCAGCAGUUUAUGUCGCCUGUGCUUUUGUAGCCUUUCCUCUUGUCUUGAUAUAAAUGUGCUUUCUAGCCUAAGGGGUUAAUGUUCUGCCUUGAUGCCCCCCGGCCUGCACACAACUAUACCAUUAGCUUUAUACACUGGCCGGGGGGCUGCUCAGCUCUGUCUUUCUCUCUUCUCAGCCCCAGCUGUGGAUUUUGGGGGGGAGGAGGAGACUUUACUUUAGUCUUAGCCACAAAUGCCUUGAAGUCAUUAUUGUCUCUUUAAUAACUCUGGAGUAAGCUGUAGCGACUGCCUAGUCCCCCCCAGUGUAGGGACCCACAAUCCGUCCCAAUACAGGGAUCCUGGCUACAUUAAAUCAACUUUUUGUCACGUGUUUUGUCCCCCCCCCCCCCUCUAAAAUAUCUUUCUGUAUGCCCCCCCCCCAUGCGUUUACUAUCCAAAAUGUAUAUGUUGAUUUUAUGAUUAAUUAUGUUUAUUUAUUUUUAUUUAUUUAUGAGAAUGAUGAAGAUAUGACUUUUAUUCGAUCUCUUUCAUUGCCUAGAUUUAUAAAUAUAUAUAUUUUGCCAUGACUUCUCACUGUGGAUUUCAGCCUUUUCUUUGCUUUAAUACAACUGAAUGAUGAGAGAAUGUAGAUCUGGGCACAUUCCGGACCUUGAGGGCAGCCAGCGCUCCGACCUUAUUAUAGCUCUUAUGUCUAGAGAAAUCUCUUUUGUACACAACAUUAUUUUCCUAACUGUAAUAGGCAUUUAUAGAGUGCUUCAAUAGAACUGUUCUACUGUGUAACGAUUUGCUAUUCAAAUAAAAUUAUUUUCCAAUUCAAAUCA